CGGCCAAUCACAGAGGAGUUCUCCCUGCGCCAUCCGGGUAUAAGAAGUGACGGGCGGAGCGGGGCUGUCAGUCUCAUCUGUACAGAGAAGAGGACGAUGUCUGGACGCGGCAAACAAGGAGGCAAAGUCCGGGCUAAGGCCAAGACCCGCUCCUCCCGGGCAGGGCUCCAGUUCCCGGUCGGCCGAGUGCACAGGCUCCUCCGCAAGGGCAACUACGCCCAGAGGGUGGGCGCCGGCGCUCCCGUCUACUUGGCCGCUGUGCUCGAGUAUCUCACCGCCGAGAUCCUGGAGCUGGCCGGCAAUGCCGCCCGCGACAACAAGAAGACCCGCAUCAUCCCCCGCCACCUGCAGCUGGCCGUGCGCAACGACGAGGAGCUCAACAAGCUGCUGGGCGGCGUCACCAUCGCCCAGGGAGGCGUCCUGCCCAACAUCCAGGCCGUGCUGCUGCCCAAGAAGACCGAGAGCACCAAGUCGGCCAAGAGCAAGUGAGCCCGG